CGGCCUGCCCGCCCCUUCCGCCAGCCCCUUCUUACCCCAGCGGCCGAGCCCACGCCGUGCGCUCAGGUUCUCUCUGUGCUCUAGGUGCCCGUGCCCGCGCCCGCUCCCGCCGCAGCCAUGGCCCCCGCAGCAUCAGACCUGAAACUUGGUAAAAAAGUUAAUGAAGGUAAAACGAAAGAAGUGUAUGAGCUGCCGGACAUCCCGGGAUGUGUUCUCAUGCAGUCAAAAGACCAAAUAACGGCGGGAAAUGCGGCCAGGAAGGACCGAAUGGAAGGGAAGGCUGCCAUUUCCAACACAACAACUAGCUGUGUGUUUCAGCUGCUUCAGGAAGCGGGAAUCAAAACAGCUUUUGUCAGGAAACAGAGUGACACAGCAUUCAUAGCAGCUCACUGUGAAAUGAUCCCAAUUGAAUGGGUGUGCAGAAGAAUUGCUACUGGCUCCUUCCUCAAGAGAAACCCUGGUGUAAAAGAAGGAUAUAAGUUUUACCCACCCAAAAUUGAGAUGUUUUACAAGGAUGAUGCUAAUAAUGAUCCACAGUGGUCUGAGGAGCAGAUAAUUGAAGCAAAAUUCUGUUUUGCUGGACUUACUAUUGGCCAGACUGAAGUGGAUAUUAUGGCUCGUUCUACUCAAGCUAUUUUUGAGAUCCUGGAAAAAGCGUGGCAGCCCCAAAACUGUACUCUGGUAGACCUGAAGAUUGAAUUUGGUGUUAAUAUGCUGACAAAAGAAAUAGUUCUUGCUGAUGUUAUUGAUAAUGAUUCAUGGAGACUGUGGCCAGCAGGAGACAGAAGCCAGCAGAAGGACAAACAGUCCUAUCGGGACCUGAAAGAAGUGACUCCGGAAGCACUGCAAAUGGUUAAGAGAAACUUCGAAUGGGUUUCAGAGAGAGUGGAGCUACUUCUGAAAACAAAGAGCCAAGGCAGAGUUGUGGUGUUGAUGGGAUCUCCUUCUGACCUCAGUCACUGUGAAAAAAUAAAAAAGGCAUGUGCAACCUUUGGAAUUCCUUGUGAAUUAAGAGUGACCUCUGCUCAUAAAGGGCCAGAUGAAACCUUGAGGAUCAAAGCAGAAUAUGAAGGAGAUGGAAUCCCAACAGUGUUUGUUGCAGUCGCUGGCAGAAGCAAUGGCUUGGGGCCAGUCAUGUCUGGUAAUACUGCUUACCCAGUUGUCAACUGCCCUCCACUCUCAGCUGACUGGGGCACUCAGGAUGUGUGGUCCUCUCUCAGACUACCCAGUGGUCUUAGCUGUCCUACUACUCUGUCACCUGAAGGAGCUGCUCAGUUUGCUGCCCAGAUAUUUGGGUUAAACAACCAUUUGGUGUGGGCCAAACUGCGAUCAAGCAUGUUAAACACCUGGAUCUCCUUGAAGCAGGCUGACAAAAAACUUAGAGAGUGCUCCUUGUAAAUCAUACUAACAAGUGACUAUUAUUAGUUACACAAAGAAAACGGCGUGCAUAUUCAUUCAUAUUAGGAUUUACAUUUGAAUGAGCUCAAAAGUCCUGCAUCAUUUCUUGCAGAAGAAAGCAUUGUUAGAGCAGAAGAUGAAGUCUGUGUCCUCAUCCUUCCCUUGUGUAUUUUUUUAAUAUAACAACUAAGUAGAGAUGGGGAAGUAGUAUUUAGGUAUCUCUUUCUGUUGCUCCAAAAUGGUACUGUUCUGCUUUGUAGUUUAUACUACAGACUAUGUCAAGAGAAUGAUUUGGUGCGCUCUCAAAUAGAAUUCAGCUAGUCUUCUGUAUUUCUGUAACAGUAAUAUUCUUCCGUACUAUUGUUAUAUGUCUUGAACCUUAUUAACUCAACUGGACUGCUGACUAAAGCCAGUGCUGAUGCUGUUCUACUUGCAAUGAUGGUAUGCUUUCUUUAGCAAUAAAAUGGCAACAUCUGCUGUAUUAAUAGGAAAAGGGGGUGGAAAAAUAUUUUAGGAGCCUGAAAUAAAUACAUGCCUUAUUUAAAAAAUGUAUAUACAUACAUGUAUCUUUUUUUAAAAUAUGUGUGUGUAUAUGUACCCCAUUGCUAUCUUCUGGAAUGAUGCGAUGUUCAUAGGAAGCUAUAAAUACAAUUGGCUUAAGUGACCUGUAACUUGGCUUGUUGCCUGCUUGCUGUAACUUUUGCCUAGUCCGGGCUUUGCCCUUUUAAAUACUAGGUAGAUCUCUACUUUCAGUAGUUCUAAAGGGCCUAUGUGAUGAUGUCUUCAUACACUUCAAUAAAUCUAGCUAUUAUAUAUCUAUUUCCUCACUCUGUUUCUAUGGAAACUUUACUGAACUGAAGAGGGGAAUAAAUACUAAAGCAACAAACUACUGGGGGGAAAUCUAAGCAUGACUUGUCUUUGCACACACCAGUCUUAUGAGUAGGUACGAUUCUAACAAAUAUGCAAUUACUCAACGUGUGUAACACUUAUGCUUUUACAAUUAUAAAUAAACUACUGAAUGCAAA